AUGUUCACUGAUACAGGUCAUACCGGAAAUACAUUAGCUGAACAGCUUCAACUAUCCAGGAUUGUAAUUUCAAAAAAUACAAUAGCAAAAGAAUUGUUCCAGAAAACUUCAAUUAUUGAUGGCUUUACAUCUUACAAAUGUUACGACGUCAAAGAGCAUGCAGAUAGUUUAAUUGAGCUUAUCGAUUUUGCAUUGCAGGAAAUUCAUAGUCCUACCAAAGUUGUACAGGAUCGUUGUAUGCUAAUGGGUGCAGCACAUUGUAAUACAUCACAAACUUCAAUGUCCUCAUCGUGGGAUCAAUUUGGCGAUUCGCUAGCAGAAUCAAUCGCAAAAGCUGAAGCAAUUCGUGGUAAACGUAAAUGCUUGACAGCAUGGAAUGCGCUCCUAUCAUUUAUUGUUGAUCGUAUGAAAGGUGGUUAUUUAGCAGAAAGUAAACGUCGUGUAUCGAAAAAGAGCUCAAGUCAGGAAAAUGCUGGCCCAUCAUCAUUGUGUAUGUCACCAGCAAUUUUUAAAUAUGAUAAUACGACAACCGAACCAACAGCAUAUCAUUAA